AUGGCUCGCUCCGAUACUAGUUCUAAAACCAAAUAUGACGACACAAAGUUUGUCGGGAUGGAAGGCUCUUCUGAUGAUCCAGAAGAAGCUCGCAGCCUUCAAGGCUACUCUCGUGUCGAGCGACGCAAAAUAACACGCAAGGUCGAUUUCCGUAUCGUCUUUCCUCUUGGUCUCAUGAUGGCAGCCAGUUUCUUGGAUAGAGCUAAUGUGGGAAAUGCGGCAAUUUCCGGUAUGACCAAGGAUCUAGAUUUGAGCAAGGGCGAGCGCUAUUCCCUUAUUCUUCUCGUCUUUUUUAUUACCUAUGUCAUCUUUCAAAUGCCUGCGACGAUUGUCGUGCGCAAAUUCGGACCACGGAUCUUUCUUCCCACCAUUACCCUUCUAUGGGGAGUAGUUAUGAUGGUAUUCAGACACCUCUCCAACUAUUGCUUUGGCUUUGUUCAUGACUGGCGAGCGAUGGUCGCUCUUCGGUUGCUCCUCGGUGCAUUUGAGGCAGGGCUGUUUCCUGGUGCGGUCUAUACAAUUUCACAGUGGUAUACGCGAGCCGACAUUCAGACCAGAUAUUCCUCAUUCUAUACUAUCAGCUUAUUCGGCGCUGCCUUCUCGGGGCUACUUGCAUGCGCAUUCUCACAAAUGAAAGGCAUUGAGGGACUCAAUGCGUGGCGAUGGUUAUUUAUAAUGGAGGGUCUGUUAACCUGUGCUAUAUCUUUUAUAGGAUUCGCAUUAAUAGUGAAUAUGCCCGCGGAUGCCCACGAUGCGUGGAAAUUUCUCACAGAGAGAGAGGCACACUAUGUGAUCGAAAGUAUUGGCCAUCAGCGAAAUGAUAGCUACGAGGAUGACUCGUUUGAGUUCAAAAAGUUUUUCAGGCCCGCUCUGGAUAUCAACAUUUGGGGCUUUGAGCUCAGCUAUCUGUGCAUGAGUACGGUGAUUUAUGCAAUUUCCUUCUUUAUGCCAAUCAUCCUACAGGAACAGCUGGGGUUCAGUCUCAUUGCGUGCCAAGCCUUAAACACCCCGCCCUACAUAUUCGCGUGUCUCCAGAUGUGUUUCCAGGGAUGGCUUGGCGGCAAAAUCAAGUCGCGAGGUCUGAUAAUAAUCUACAACGGCUUUCAGGCUGCAGUGGGAAUCUGCGUUCUAGCUUGGGUGAAAAGUCCCUGGGUUCAAUAUUUUGGAAUCUUUCUGAUAGCAGGAGGAACGCAUUCAAAUCUGCCCGCUAUAAUUACGUGGCAGACCAAUAACAUCCGGGGAAAAUGGAAGCAGACAUUUUGUAGCGCCAGCAUCAUAGGAGCUGGGGGCGUGGGCGGUAUCGCAGGAUCGCUGAUUUUCCGCUCUCAAGACGCACCUCAAUACAUGCCUGGCUUUUACGCCUGUCUCGUGUGCGUUGUUUUUACCUUCUUCCAUUUGUGCCGGACUUUCGCUAACAAUAUUAAUCGAUAG